UAGUUCGCCAAUCACCUUGAUUGUUUUUAUUGACAACGUUUUGACAUUUUUUGCGAAAUUUGCGUGCAUUUUUUGUCGAGUUGAUGCGAUGCGAUUUCUCUGUUUAAAAAUUCCAAAAGUGUAAAUGUGCAAAUUUGUGUUUCUUUCAAUAAAAUGGUUAUUAAACUGUCCUCUAGAUUAAUCAGCGAUUUUUAAGUACACGUGUAUCUUACAAAUACCAAUAUUUCUUCACCAAGCAUUUCGUUACCGCCAACAUGACAUCUGCAUUGUAUUUAGAACAUUAUUUAGAUAGUUUGGAAAAUCUCCCAGUAGAAUUACAGCGCAAUUUCAAAUUGAUGAGAGAACUGGAUUCUCGAGCCCAAGAAAUAAUGAAACAAAUCGAUAAAACUGGCGAUGAUUACCUAAGCAAUAUCAAAAUCUUCAACACUGAAAAGAAGAAAGAGCAUAUGAAUGAAAUCCAGAAACUGUUUACCAAAGCCAAGGAAUACUCCGACGAUAAAGUUCAGUUAGCCAUACAGACUUACGAAUUGGUUGAUAAACACAUUCGUAGAUUAGACUCAGAUUUAGCUAGAUUUGAAGCUGAAAUUCAAGAUAAAGCUAUGAGUGCAUCGCAAACUCGAGAAGAACCCGCAAAUACUCAAAAACGAGGCCGAAAGAAAUUACCAGAUAAAGACGCCAAAAAGAAAAGCAGCGCUGAAGACGAAGCUUCGGCGAAAGCGAAUAAGAAGAAACAGAAAAAAUCUACUGCAGUUUCGUCGAGUAAAAUCGUCGCGUCCGCUGCCGAAUCGAAUUUCAGUGCCAUUUUGCCCAAUGUUUCUCAUUCCACCGAUGCGAUAGAUAUGCCAGUAGAUCCUAAUGAACCCACUUAUUGUCUUUGUAAUCAAGUAUCAUAUGGCGAGAUGAUUGGUUGUGAUAAUUCAGACUGUCCUAUCGAAUGGUUUCAUUUUGCUUGCGUUAAACUUACAACGAAACCAAAAGGAAAGUGGUAUUGCCCAAAAUGUAUUUCGGAUAGAAAAAAGAAGUGAUUAUGAUUUUUAUAUUAUUGUUUGUUGAUACUUUAGAAUAGAAAACAUAUAAACGAAAUGUAUAUUAAUAAGUUUACAUUACUA